CAACUAUACGACUGUCUGACACUCUCUGAUGAAAUCCAGUGAAACGUCUUAUACAUGAUGUGCGAGAAAGUGAUCCCAAUUCAAAGGUAUCUCUCGGAGACAUAGUUGUGUCAAACAGACAGACAGACAGACAUACAGCCAGUGAUUGUGGUGAUUGUGUCCGCGAUGGCCAAAAAGGCAUCGUUUGCCGACUUAUUGUAUUUGGCACUCAUUGUCAGUGUCUUGAGAAGUGAUGAUCCCAUUGAAGACAAUCAUGUGUUUAGCGGACAGUUGGUGGGGUCGGCGGUGGACGACUUGGGGCCGACCACUGCUGUCAACAUAUAUCUGCAUAAUCUGCGGAACUCGUACUCAUUGGACACGAAUGUCUACGCGAGUAGUGCAAAGGCCAAUGUCUUGUACGAAGAGACUAUUGAUAUGAUCCGUGAAGUGAACUCUUUGGGCCGGUAUUCGCGUGAAUCCCGUUUCCAUAAUUCGCCGGUCUUUGCAUAUCUGGUCAGUCGUGGCGAGCAAACUGUCGACAACGGCCUCACGGCUGCCAUCGCCUCCACCUCAUCGUCAGCCCUGUCCUCACAAACUCAACACUUGGACAGCGAGUUGUCGUCCACUGAAUCCAAUGACUCAAGUAGUGUCACCUCUUCGCCCACUUCACCCACUCAUCCACAGCCACAGCCACUAGAAGAUGAGGACGAGCACAUGUUUGGCCAUCAGUUUGUCUGAAUUGGAAGUGAACGAGUCAUUGGGUAA